UUUCUUUUACCAGGUGAUAUUCAUGGACAAUAUUCUGAUCUUCUGAGGCUUUUUGAGCAUGGGGGUUUUCCUCCUAAUGCCAAUUAUUUAUUCCUAGGGGACUAUGUGGACCGUGGCAAGCAGAGUUUAGAAACAAUAUGCCUUUUGCUUGCCUAUAAAAUCAAAUACCCUGAGAACUUUUUUCUUUUGAGAGGGAACCAUGAAUGUGCUUCAAUUAAUCGGAUAUAUGGAUUUUAUGAUGAAUGUAAACGCCGGUUCAACGUAAGACUUUGGAAAACCUUUGCUGAUUGUUUUAAUUGUCUUCCUGUGGCCGCGCUCAUAGACAAUAAAAUAUUGUGCAUGCAUGGUGGCCUCUCCCCUGAUCUAACAAAUUUAGAUCAAAUCAGGAACUUACCUCGUCCAACUGACGUGCCAGAUUCUGGUUUGCUUUGUGAUUUACUUUGGUCGGAUCCUAGUAGAGAUGUCAAAGGCUGGGGAAUGAAUGACCGUGGAGUCUCUUACACCUUUGGUCCAGAUAAAGUGUCAGAAUUCUUAAUGAAGAAUGAUAUGGACCUCGUUUGUCGAGCACAUCAGGUUGUUGAGGAGGGGUAUGAAUUCUUUGCUGAGAGGCAGCUUGUAACAAUAUUCUCUGCUCCUAACUAUUGUGGCGAAUUUGAUAAUGCUGGUGCAAUGAUGAGUGUUGAUGAAACCUUAAUGUGUUCUUUCCAAAUUCUUAACAAAAAGUCAAACUUCAUUUGAACAAAUCUGUGAACACUGCAGUGUGCAUUGCACCUUAGACUU